AUGUGGUCAAUCAUACAUUUUUUGGACGAAAAUACCGUGGAAACUGUACCAAGCAAAUGGUUUUCAAAAAAUAAAUGUGCCUGGCCCAAUAAUAAAAGCAAGCGGCAUAUUGCAGAUCAAUCUGAUCCGAUCCCACAAUGUUUUAAGUGGUAUAAAGCUCAGGCAUUAUUAACGGACAUAGAAUCAUUCUCUGAAGCGAAUAGAAAAUGCAAAAAAGCUUUAUACACAACCAAUGUAUCCUCUACUGAAACAGAAAAUGAUGAAGUUAUGAACAAAAAUCAAAAAAAACCUAAAGAAAUGUUACAGUAUAAUUUGACAAAGCGUAAAAAAAUAAAAUUGACUGGAUACGAUGACAAUGACAAAUUUUCAGACAAUGAUACUGCAGACGAUGACGAUAACACAGUUCUUAAAAUACCAGCAUACGAGUCUGAUGAUGGUACAAGUACAAAAGAAAUUGUAGAAGGAUCUAAUAAUAAAGAACUUAAAAAAAAUCAAUUCUCUUCUCCAUCUUCCAACCAAAUUUUAGAUAAAACUCAUUCAAAAAUUGAAUUGCCAAUCUGCAAAAACGAUCAUCAAGAGAUAGAAUCUUUUUCAUUGCCUGCAAUUCCAUUCCAAUAA